CAGGUGUACCGGUCCCUUAUGUCAACUUAGUCCCAAGUUCUAUGAGUGUCUGGUUAUCAUUGGAUAUAAUGCGGGAUAUAUAUACCCGACGAGAAAAUACUCAGGACUGGAUAAAAUAAGCCUUUUCACAAUUCUUAGAUUUAAUGGACUGGUGACGACUUGCGAGUAUUAAAUACGCUCUCCACGAGGUUUUUCUAUACUUUCUUGAUCCACCACCAUGACCAUCGUUGCAGCAUUGACGAACACCAAUCACCUUACAAGUUCUCAAGUUCUUGCCAUCCAGCAUGUCAUUAUUAGGAUCGGAUUGGAGUUCCUUUUCUUUGGAAUCCAUGCUCUGUUUUUCAUUGUUUCCACCUGGCUGCUUUUCCGCAAAGGACUUAGUCUAGUCCGUGCUAGGGUCCUGCUUCUUAUCCUAACGAGCGCCAUGUUCCUUGCCUCACUUGGCGUCAUCAUUAUUGAUAUGAUGAUGUGUCUGCGUCAAGCACGUUCAUAUGGAUUGAACGCACCCUCGACGAGGGAACUUAAUCUCGAACUUCGGCUCGCCUCUAAUAUCCUAAUGAGGAUCAAUUUCCUUCUCGGAGACGUGAUCGUGGUAUGGAGAACCUGGGUAGUUUGGGAGCACAGUCUGAAAGUCAGGCUAUUGCUUGCGGUAUGCAUGUUAGGCACGAUCGGUGCUAUUAUCGGAAACGGAACGAAGGCCGCCCUCGAUCUCGUGCGAGAAACCCCAGCGCCCAGCACACUGUCCCUUGUGCUGACGUUGCCACCGCUCAUUACGAAUCUUGUGGCGACGUUGUUGAUUGGCCUUAAAGUUCGGAACUACCGAAAACACAUCAAAUCCAGGCUCACAAGUAGAACGUCCAAAGCUUCCACUCGAACGGAAGAAGUUCUCAUUUUACUCGUUGAGAGUGGCUUUCUCUAUUGCGCGGUCUGGCUACUCAUCCUCAUCGCAGGAUUCGAUGUCAUGACUUCCGCUACAAAUGUGUUGAUUCUGGGUAUCGCUGUUAGCCUUACGGUACGUUAACAAUUGUACGACGAACCUGUUUUCAACGUCUAUGUCUUCGCGUCCUAGGGCAUCUACCCUACUUUCAUUGUGAUCAUGGUCUCCUUGGAAAAGUCGCAUGCCAACACCAUCUUCAGUUCCGACGAAGGCACAAUGCAAGUUUCUCAGCCAUUACGUUUUACGGAUGCGACUCGAUCCACUGAAAAUAUACCCCGAGUGGAUAAACGCCAGCAGACAUUUAACUCCGCAAGCACUCAUUUCACGAGCACCCCAUUUGCAGUGGAACCGCAACUUUGGGAGGGAGUCAAGGAAAGAAAGUCGGAAACCGGUCCUGAAUAAUCCACCUUGCAUCAGCUACUGUUUCUUCAUUCGAUUCCCUGUCUGCCUCCUACUUAUUUUAAGUCUCCCGAUGAUACUUCAAUGUAUGAUAUUCGUUGUCAAUUCACUCAAGUACAGUAACAUCAGUUGGUAUGCGAUCCAGAUGCAUCAUCUCCCACUCCAAGUAUUCAUGUUCGCUGUUGAUUUCAUUUGAACAACGC